AUGGAAGAUUUUGAUUAGUGUCCUGAAAUAGAAGAAAUUGUUCACAACGAAAUACAAAUGUUAAGAUCUGUUAAACAUUAGAAUCUAUUAUAAUUAAGGAGGGUUUACGAGGAUGAUUCCUACUUGUUUAUUUUGUUUGAGCAUUUUAAAGGCGAAUCUCUUUAUAGUUUAAUUUAAAAAAACUAAUUGCAUGAAGUCUAAAUUGCAUCAAUAUUAUAAACCUUGAAAUUUCUAGAUUAGCAUUAAUUCUAUCAUGGAAAUUUGAACCCUCUAAAUAUAAUAAUCAACACUAACAACCAACUUUUAUAGAUCUUUCUCAUCAAUUUAUCUUUUAAAUAAUAUAGAAUGAAUGACAAAUUAGAUUGGAUUUUGAAUAGAUAAGUGGAAGGAUUCAUAGCCCCAGAAUUUUAUUUGGGUUUUCCUCCCAAUAUUACUUCAGAUCUGUAUAGCUUAGGAGUGUUAUUAUAUUUCAUGGCAUUCCCAAAAUAAUUACCUAAUGAAAAGCACUUUGAAAUAUAUGAAAUCGAUAUGAACAAAAUAAAAAUAUUACAUGAAAUUAAAACUUAAUAAUAAUCUGUUGAGUAACUUUCAAAUUUGGAUUAGCAAGCUGAGAAAAAUAUAAGUCUAAGUGAAUUAGAUUUAUUGAUAAAAUUGCUAGAAUAAAAUCCUAGUAAGAGAAUUUCAAUAUUUGAUUGUAUGAUGCACCAUUGGUUUGUAAAUAUAAAGAGUAAAAUAAAAUAAUUGAACGUUGUAAAAAAAAAAAAAGUAAUUCUUCCAUCUCUUAAAACUAUAAUUGAACUAAGAUCCUAAAGUGAAUUAGAUCUGAAAGUGUAAUCUUAAUUAUCCAGUAAUAGAAGAUUGUCAAGAUUGACAAUGAAUCAAGGAGAAGAUUUUGAUUUUGUUCCCGAUGAAGGACAUCCUUUAUAGUAAAUGGCAGGAUUAGAUUUUUGUUAAUUAUUAAGAAUCAGUACCUAGUCUAGGAAACUAUGA